UUGGAACUUUAAAAGGAUAUGUUGCAAAUCGAGCUCGUCCAGAAGGUUCGAUCACAGAAGCUUAUGUUGUCAAGGAGUGUCUCACAUUUUGCUCAAUGUAUGUGGGUGGGAUUGAAACUGUAUUUAAUCGAGAGGAACGGAAUGUCGAUGUUAGUGUGCAUGAGUCAGGGUUAGAGGUCUUCGCGCAAAAUGUUCGUCCUUUUGGGCUAAUUACAAGGGUUUCUAACGUGUCUCAAAAAGAACGUGAAAUGGCUCAUUGGUUUGUCUUGAAUAAUAGCCUCGAGCUUGACCAUUAUCUAGAGCAACACAAGAAUCUUUUAGAAAAUGAAGGUGUACGUGACAUCACAAAUAGACAGAAAAAGGAAUUCCCCAAGUGGUUCAAAGAACAUGUAAGAUAUAAUCCCAAACUUUAUUCAGCUACACUUAUAUGAAUACUAACAUAAUGAUUGAAAUUGAUGUCGUUAUGUAGAUGAACCAAUUACGAGCUCAAGGAUUACCAGAAGCAACUGAUG